UUUACUGUAUUUAUAACAAUAAUAUUUGCCUAGUACGUUUCCGGCGUUUAGUUCGUUUAAUUAGUUUCGAAAAAAAUGUUAUCGCAAGUCAGUCUCCACUUUAUUAAUUUGAUAGAAGACAGAAAAAAUCGUGACAGAGUGGUCAGAAAGACAACGAAAGAAUUUUGACUCAAUUUCAAUAAACGUUUAUGUACAAGUAUAUUGCCGACCACUGACUAACAGCCCCCCGGAUGAUAUCGGCCUGUCCGUUAGAACAAAAAUUUGACAGUUCCAAACCACUAACAGACCGAUAUCGUCCGGUGGACUGUUAGUCAGUGGUUGGUUUUAGAGCUUAGGUAGUCUUAUUUAAAAAUAAUACGUUUUAUUUUAAUUAAAUGAUUAUAUUUUAAUCAUUAGCGACAUUUUGUAAAAGAUGUGGAAGUAAGAAAAUAUGCCUAAAACCUUUUUUUGGCUAUCACGUACUAUAGCUACUCUUGAUGUUAGAGUAGGGGCCUUUUACAUGAUAAAAUACAAGCUAAUACUAUUCGCGAUUUUGCGUGUAAAAUCACUAGCACCAUCCCACUAACCCUGUUAAGUUAAGUAAGUUUCAAAUUGUACUGGUAAAUAUAUGUAUUUAGAUAUGUUUCUUUAGUUAUAAUCUUUUUUGUAUUUUAUACGUUUUAAUAAGUUAGUUUAGAUAUAUUAUACUGUAAACUUACGUUGUAUUAAAUCGAUUUCUUCCCACAUUAAAAAAGAUAUUAAAGGGGGAAAGUUCAUUACACUGGUAACCAUAGUAACUUAGUGACUCCAGGAUUAACUGGUUAACCCCGCGUUAGUGAGAUGGUGCAAGUAGCCCUAAUACUAUUAGCUUGUAUUAUACUAUGAAAUCCGGCCCUGAUUUGGUUUUGUUAAUUGUUCUCAGAAUACACAAACCAUGGAAGGCGUGAUGUGAGAAUACAAGCUCUCAUAGCGAUGUGCUUAUGCCUGGGAAACGUAAUAAUUGGCUAUUCACUCUGCUGGUCAGUCCCCGUCAUACCAAAAUUAAUAGAUCCAGCACAAACCCCACUAGACGAAGCAUUGACGGUGGAUCAGUGUUCGUGGUUGGCUGCCAUCUUUCAUCUAGGAGUUAUAACAGGUUCCCAAACCGGAGCAUUUCUCUCAAACAUAGUUGGCAGAAAACCCACUCUUAUACUAUUUGGAGCGCUCUGUCUAUCCAGCCAUAUUAUAAGAGUAUCGGCAAGGAACUUCACGACUUUAUUCGUAGGGAGGAUAAUUAACGGCCUUGGAGCUGGAGGCAUUUCCAGUGGAAACCUGGUCUAUAUUGGGGAGAUAGCAUCAUCAGAUCUAAGAGGAAUCAUAUUAACAGCAACAGGGGUUCUCCAUACCCUCGGCAGUCUGUUGGUAUUCUCAGUGGGUCCAUACGUAUCCUACGCGGUGGUGGAAUAUACUGUCAUAGCCUUAGGAACCGUUCAUGCGGCGGCGUUGUUUUUCAUUGUUGAAAGUCCUGUGUAUCAUGUUAUUAGAGGUAAUGAAGAUGCUGCAAGAAAUACUUUACACUUCCUCGGACGAAGUAAAGAUGUUGACAAAGAACUUAAAACAAUGAUCGAAAAUGUAAAGCAAAGAAACAUACAGUAUACACAACUAAAUUCUAAACACCGAUUACUCAAAUGUACAUGGUUCGAUAUAUUUCGAAGAAGACGUAAUAGACGGGCUUUGAUGAUCACAGCUACAUUAUUAACAAUUCAAGAAGGUUCAGGAAUCAUUUGUAUCAUGUCUUUUGCAACCACAAUUUUUCGAAAAGCAGCAUCGUCAGUGAAUGCAAAUGUUGCGACUAUAGCAUUGGGAGUAACGCAAGUUUUUGGUAUACUUUUAGCACCGUUAUUAGUUGAAAGAUAUGGAAGAAAAUCAUUGUUAAUAUUUUCUACUGCCGCUUGUGCUUUUUGGGCGGCACUAUUAGGAGCCGACUUCUACUUGGAGUUGAUAAAUCAUCCACUACUAUCUUCAAUCAGAUGGAUACCAUUGGCUACUCUGAUUUCAUUUUUAAUCUGUUACAAUGCUGUUAAGUACUCUUUUAAAUUUCUUAUUAAUAUAUACUAAUAAUUGUAUUCAUCAAAUUAUUUUUGUAUACUUUAUAUAAAAAUCUUUAACUUUUACUCUGCUACUUAUAGUAAAAUAGCUCCAGUUUCUGAUGUAACCGGCCUUUAAUCAAAAAUAAUAUAGUAACAAUAAUUCAGCCUAUACGUACCACUUCUGAGCACAGGCCUCCUCUCAUACGCGAGAGGAUUUAGGCUAAAGUCCCCACGCUGGCCCAAUGUUGGUUCACUUGACUUCACUUCACAUACACCUUUGGAUUUCUUCGCGGAUGUAUGCAGGUUUCCUCACGAUGCUUUCCUUCACCGAAAAGCUAUUGGUAAAUAUCAAAUGAUAUUCCGUACAUAAGUUUCGAGAAACUCAUUGGUACGAGCCAGGAUUUGAACUCGCGACUUCCGAAUUGAAAGUCGGACGUCAGAUCCACUCGGCCACCAUCAAACGCCAAAGUAUUCCAAAAUCUUUCAAAUCCUCGAUAAAACUGUAUUCUAUAAAUAACUAUGUUUCUAAAUAAUUGAAGUAACCAAAAGUUCAAAUAACCGGAACGUUUCAGUUGAUGUUUUUGAAAUUUCAGGCCUAGGCAUCAUCCCCAACGUGCUAGUGGGGGAGAUGUUCAGUCCAAACGUCCGCAGCACCGGCUCCUCCAUCGCCAUGUGUAUCAGCUGGAUUGCCGCUUUCCUCUCCAGCCUCAGCUUCGGAUACAUCAUCAUGCUGGUUGGCAGCCAUAUCUUGUUUGUCAUUUUUGCCUGCGUUAAUGCUAUUGGAUGUAUUUUCACUGUUAAGUUUGUGCCUGAGACUAAGGGUAAGAAUCUUAGUGAAAUAGAAGGCAUGCUGGCUAAAAGAUGAUUUGGGUUAUCUUUGUGCUUCGUAAAUAACA